AUGAGUGACUCAGAACUGGAAUUCGCGCCGAUCGAGAUCGACGAGGACGAGGAGAAGGUUGAAUUGGAUGACGAUGUUAAUAUACAGAGCCGGCAUUCUGUCAUGCACAUGGAUUACCGAUUACAGUGGAUCAGGGACAAAGCGAUGAAGUUUCUGGGGAUCACCGGACACGAGCUUCAAUUCUACAAACUUCUCAACGCGAACAACCGAUACCUAGAGGACAAGAUCCUUAAUUUCUUGAUCCUCGAUCUAUAUGGAGUGACGGACCUUGAGAGGAAGGUAAUAUUCUUUUACACGACUUACUACACGGAAGUCAUUCAAGAGGAAGUGCCUGUCUGGGAGAGGUUGGAUAGAAGAGGGGGUAAAAGGGGUAGCAAAGUGAAAGUAGCGAAGAAGAAGCCGAAGAAGAGUAAGACGAAAGUAACGAAGACGGAUCCCAGCGCGAUUCUCACUUUACUGGAACAAUCGACCAUGUCUUUGAAAUCGCAUGCACCGUCUACGAUCACCGCGUUCAGCGAGUACGAAACGGAAGACGAGGAGGAAGAAGGGGAUGAGGAUGAAGAUGAGGAGGAGGGCGAAGAGGAAAUGAACAAAGGUAGUGGAGAUACUUCCCUUUCAGCGAGGAAAAAAGACGACAGUGAUGCACUUACACCUGUCUCCUCGAUAAUUAAACCACCGCCACCAGGAGAGCAACACAAUUACGUGAUGAAAAAGAAAAUGGUGGAAAAAGUGAGAAGGAUACCUGUCCUCCACAUGAUCUGUGGCGAAGUAGAUGGUGGCAGGGCUGAUCUACAGGACACCACGUUGUUUUAUUUCCUGAGGACAACUGACGAGGGUAUACCGUCGUUCGAUUCUUAUCAAGAAUGUUGCGAAGAGAUCACGCAAUAUUUGGUCGUUGGAUCUCUUCAGGGGAAAUUUCUGGUUACUUUGAACAGAAUGUUAAAUCAGGUAUUUAGACCAUUGGUGGAAAGUCAGUUUCAUGGUCCACUGUUCGUAGAGAUGAUGAAACUAGAUGAUUCCGAUAGCGACGACGAACUGUCCAAUCUGGCUCAGAUAAUGCAAUCUCGAAGUUCGGUGUUCAGAAGACCCUCGGAAUUCCGCAGAAUGUCGCUGAUGGUACAGAAGAAACAAAAAGAGAAAGAGGACACAGAAACCGAGGAUGAAGAAAGUCUUAGGACUUCUCGAUCUCGAAAGGAGACGAAGAGGAAAUUCAGGGAAAAGAAGAAAACAUCGACAGGCGCUGACAAAAGCGUGUCUAUUAUGGAUGCCGAAGGAAAAUCCCUAGACAAGACCAGUCGCAAGAACACGCAAGUCCAGCAGUCAAAGGAAUGGGAUCAGAGCAGAAAGGACAUCUUAACCUAUUUGGACGCGCUGAUAGGCAGCGUCAAAUGGGCUCUAGAGCACAUCGAAGGCGAUAUCCUGUUGACGAUGCCGAACAUCCCGGAACUGGAGGACCCGAAGGUCACCGACGAGAUGUUGGAGAAGAAUACCGAAGUGAUUAAGCAGCUCGAGGACGUGAUAAUGUCCUGGGGAGUGCACAUACAGAAAGUAUUGGAAUCGUUUCAAACGAAAACGGUGCAGGGGAAAGGACCACUGGCAGAGUGCAGCUACUGGCAGGACCGGGAGAGAGGAUUAUUGAUGUUAGUCGAGCAGCUCAAGACUCCGAUGGCCCGAAGGAUCUUAGGGCUGCUGAACAAAGUGCUCUCGCCAAUAGCCUCCAACUUCGAGUUCUUCUAUGCUGAUUUGUGGAAGUAUUACGCCGAAGCCAGGGACAACGAUCGAUUCCUCCAGACUGUCAUUAGGCACUUCAAAGUGAUCACAGAAACGGACGACUUCAAAUCAGCAACGCAGUCCGUCCUAUCGUUGCCGGAAGGACUGAGAAUGAUAUGGAUUCUGUCGUCGUAUUACUCGUCCGAAGACAAGAUGAUAAUUCUAAUGGAGAGAGUAUCCUGGCAGCUUUGUCAGACAGUUAUAAAAUACUUGGACAUCAAGGACCUGUUCAAGAAACCGCUGGAAGAGAUUCUACGAAAGACAAAAGAUGCGCGCGUGAUGCUGAAAAGCUGGAAGAGCGCGUACCUGAAAGUCAGGAAGGAGAUCGAGGAAUCAGGCAAAGGGACUCGCUGGGAGUUCGAUCAGAAAAGACUCUUCAAGAGCACCGAGUACAUUGCCUCCGUUUGCAACGGUUUGAAUCAAGUGGCUGGUGUUCUUGAAGAUUUUUACAACAUCUUCGGUCCAUACUUGAAGUCGAUCAUCAGCGAUCCGGCGCAGAUAGACACCAUAAUAAAGAGAGUCGGCAGAUUGGUCCUGCCGAUCCAGGACGCGGAUUUUAAUGUAUACGAUGAGUUCAACAGGGAGAACUGGGAGGCUACGAUGUCCUUGUUCUACGAGGAGGUUAGGUUCCUCGAGAAUGAAGCGAGAUUCUUCAUUGACGAGUGCUUCAUGGUUCUGAUCAGCGCGGAACAGGCGCUCGAGGUGUUGCUCAAGUUUAAGGACAUGAAGACCAGGACUAGCAUCCAGCAGCAACUUUCGAGGAAGUUUGAUGUCAUCAUGCAACAGUUCAGCAAGGAAGUUAGCGCUGUGGAGGCUAUAUACAAUCGAGGAAAACGAUAUCCGCCUUUGCUAACCUACCAUCCGCCAAUGGCUGGUGCAAUAUUCUGGAUAAGGCAAUUGUUCCAUCGUCUGAGAAGACCAGUUCUGAUCCUGCAGGAGGUACUGGAACUGAAGCACAGCGAAUUGAAGCUGGUCGCGUUCAGUCAAUACCUGGAAGUAGCGAAACAGAUGAAAGCUUUUGAGGAAUCUAAGUUCAAGAAUUGGGUGGACAAGGCUCAGAUGGUCGUGUUGAACACCAUGAAGAGGAGCAUCUUGAAGAUGGUGCAGUCGGAACCGGACAAAGGUAUGUUAACGUUCCCGGAUACGGAGAAACCGGGGAAAAACGUUCAGACGAUUCACGUGUCGAGGAAAGCGAGGACUAAGGAUUUUGGAUCGGUCGGAUCGACACUGUUGGGAUCUGUACACAAGGGAUACGGUAUACUGUCCAAACCUAGCAUCCUUUCUAGAGGAGACACUAUCAGUUCAGCGAUCGGCGGAUCGAGGGUGCAGAUCCGGGAAAUGAAACAGGAACACAAAUCGGUUCUCUCCUCACACAGGGAGAAAACAUCGACGAUAUCCUCGGCCAUGGAGAAACCUGCACCCCAAUCGCUGAAGCAGACGUGGACGGAAUUCAUGAGUGGUUCGAUUUUGAUCGAGUGCCAACUACGCUUCCAAGUGAACUUCAAUUGGGAAGUUUUCGAGAUUAUUCACGAGGCUGAGUUAAUGGAGCAGUUGGGCUUCGAAUUGUCACCGGCGGUAAAGGAAGUCAGUAUCCAGAAAGAUCGAUUGAGAAAGGAUAUCGAUGUUCUGCAAAGAGUCAUUGAUCAAUAUAACAAAAUGUUGGACAGGAUAACUAAAGCUGAUAUCCAGUUAUUAAAGCACAUUCUCCUGGAUAUCGAGAAGCAUAUUCAGCCAGGAGUGAUGCGCAUCAACUGGGAUUCCCUGAAUAUAGCUGACUUCGGGCACAACUGUGAGAAAUUGCUGAAAAACCUGAACUCCAUCAUCGAUCAGACGGACCAGAUGAAGAAAGAUCUGGACAAUAGGAUCUUCUCCGAUCUACAGAGAUAUAAUUUGUUCACUUUGCCUCCUGACUUGGCUGAGGGAUUGGAAGAAUUAUUACCAUGCAAGACUUAUUUCCAAGAGAUCCAAAACCGAAGAACAGAGCUGGCCUCCUCGAUGAGGAAAAUUUACGAGUCGAUGGGUCCGUUGCUGAUGAAACUGGAAAGCCUCGUGCUGGGAACAACUACCGGAAGAAGUCCUGCCAUGCAACUCUUCUAUGAAACAUAUGAGAAGAAAAUAUUCGGCGCUUUCAUAACCUGCAUGGUGCAGAACAUAGAAGUGUUCAACAAAACCCUGACGAGUUUCAAGCCGAUUUUUCAAGUGGACGCGGUGCUGAUUGCCUCGGAAGCUGUUUUGAGACCGUCGCCGGCUGAAAUCUAUCAUAUCAUCCUUCAGAACGUGAAGUAUAUGUUCGACGAGCUGAAACGUUUCCCUAGGUGGAUGAAUGGCAGCUGUCUCGAGUGCAGGCCGAUCAGAAGGACCAACGUGGACGAUCUAGUGACCUUCAGUUUCUUCGAGGACGUCAUGAACAUUCAAGCGGUGAAUGAUAGCAUCCUGAUGGUACAGUCGUCCGUGUACAAACUGGUGAUGGAUUGCUCGUACUAUCUGCACAGAUGGAAGAAGUACAGCAAUCUCUGGGCGUUCGACAAGAAACUGGCCGCCGAAAAGUUUGCCGCCACGUCGCCCACGCUUUUCCAGUACGACGAGAAGUUCACUUUCUACGAGAAUAUUCUCGAGGAGCUGAACGACAUUGACUCUCACUACGACGUGUAUUGCAUACGUAUCAACCUACAUCUGCUCCUCUCCGGCAUCGAGAAGCACGCAGAAGAGUGGAAACAGGUGCUCGGAGAUUUCUUGCUUUCCCAAACUGUCGAGGGUAUGAUCGAUUUAAAAUCAAUCAUCGAAACAUUCCGAUCCGAGGUCGAGCUAGUGAUCACCGGCUUGGAUCGUUUCACGUCCGUGAUGCAGGCGAUCUCUGACAUCAAGAAGACCGCCGUACAAGCCGAAGUUCGAUUCAAAACUUAUCAGGAGACGUUCAAAACGUUCCGCAGCCACGGCAUAUCGUUCCCAGAGGAAGACGAGCAGCUGGCGUACGAUCUUCAGCAUGAUUGGGAAUCACUGUAUCUCGGCGCGCUCUACAGAGCCUCCACUCUGGAGAGCACUUCUGAUAGAUUCGCAGACAUGACCAGAGAACAGAUAGAGAAUUUCGUGCGGGAGCUGGCGGAGUUCGCCGCCGACUUCCGGCAGAACGGUCCCGGGAGCGUCGGCGAAAAUUUGGAGCUUGGCUUGAAGAAAAUGGAAGAGUACAGUAAGAAGAUCGCGAAACACGAAGAGAGAAGGCAAGCGAUGAUCAACUCGGAAUUGCUGUUUGAUCUUCCGGCGACCGAUUACUCGGUGUUUUUGGACGUGAAGAGAGACUACGAAGGCAUGGAGCUGCUGUACAAGUUGUACAAAGAGCAGAAGAAAGCGAGGGACGAGUGGGCCCAAACGCUCUGGGUGAACCUGAAUCCUCAGCUGCUGAUCGAUGGCAUGGACCAUUUCAUUAGGGAGUUCCGACGGUUGCCAGAAUUCAUUCGGAAGUUCUCCAUCGGCCAGGCUCUGGACGCGAACAUGAAGAACUUCAAGAACUCGGUGCCCUUGUUCAUCGAACUGAAGAACGAGGCUAUGCGGGAGAGACACUGGAAAGACUUGAUGAAGAAGACGGGACAGUAUUUCGAUAUGAACCUCGAGAGGUUCACUCUGGAGAACAUGUUCGCAAUGGAGCUGGGAAAGUACCAAGACAUCGCGAAAGAGAUUGUAAGGAACGCCGUGAAAGAACUCUCCAUAGAGAAAGGUUUGAAGGAGCUGGCCGAAGUCUGGAAGAAUAUGCAAUUCACUGUCGUGAAACACUAUAAAGGUACCGAAGACCGAGGUUUCAUCUUAGGUCCCAUCGACGAGCUGAAUCAAGUUCUCGAGGACAAUAUGAUGAACGUGAACGGCAUGGCCGCCUCCCAGUUCAUUGGUCCUUUCCUCAGCAACGUGCAGAAGUGGGAGAACAUCAUGCACACAAUAUCCGAGGUGCUCGAGCUGUGGACACAGUUGCAAAGGAAGUGGUUGUACCUCGAAGGCAUCUUCGUGGGCGGUGACAUCCGGCUACAAUUGCCGGACGAGGCGAGGAACUUCGAUGAGAUCGAUAAGUCAUUCAGGAAAACCAUGACCGACACCUCUAAGAGGCUGAAUGUUCUUGACUGUUGCAUGAUCACGGGUCGAAAGGAAGAGUUUGAGUCAAUGAUCCACGGACUGGAUAAAUGCCAAAAGUCCCUAACAGAUUAUCUGAACUCGAAACGCGCCAUAUUUCCGCGAUUCAUGUUCCUGAGCGAUGACGAGCUGUUAAGCAUCCUCGGCAGUGGUGUGCCAUCCGCUAUCCAAGAACACGUGGGCAAGAUGUUCGACAAUCUGGAUAGAUUCAGGUUCGAGACGAGUAGUAUGGAUCGCGUGAUGGCGUACGCGUUGAUCUCCUGCGAGAAGGAGGUGAUGGAGUUCAGGAACCCUGUACUAGCUGAAGGGAAGAUCGAACAGUGGAUGGUGGCCGCGACCGAGGAGAUGAAGAAAUCGAAUCGGUACUUGACGAAGAAGGCGGUCUACAAUUACGGAAAGGUGAGGAGACCGAGGACAGAAUGGAUGUUGGACUUCCAAGGGAUGAUGAUCCUCGCGGCGGAUCAAAUAUGGUGGACCGCCGAGGUCGAGAACGUGUUCGUGAAGAUUGCUAGUGGGGAGAAACGCGCUAUGAAAGAGUACUUGAAGCAACUCAAUAAUCAGUUGAACGAAGUGGUAACAUUGAUGGGCGGCGAUACAUUGACGAACAACGACAGAAAGAAAUUCGACAUGGUGCUGACGAUCGACGUUCACAUGAGGGACAUCGUGGAAGGUUUUGUCAGGGACAGCGUCAUGGAUCCCGUGGAGUUUGAAUGGGAAAGUCAGCUGAGGUUCUACUGGGUCCACGAUCUGGACAAUAUCUGGAUGCAUCAGUGCACAGGAACAUUCGAAUAUGGAUACGAGUACAUGGGUCUCAAUGGCAGGCUGGUGGUCACACCUCUGACCGAUAGGAUCUACCUGACUAUUACUCAGGCUCUUUCUAUGCACCUGGGAGGGGCACCUGCAGGUCCUGCUGGAACAGGAAAGACCGAGACUACGAAGGACUUAGCUAAGGCUUUGGGGCUCCUGUGUAUCGUGACAAAUUGUGGCGAAGGAAUGGAUUACGUUGCUAUAGGGAAAACUUUGAGCGGGCUGGCUCAGUGCGGUGCUUGGGGAUGCUUCGACGAGUUUAAUCGUAUAGAUAUAUCCGUGCUCUCUGUGAUCUCCACGCAGCUACAAACGAUACGGUCCGCUCUGCAGGUGAAAGCAAACAGAUUUAGGUUCGAGGGCCAAGAUAUAAUUCUCGACACGAAAGUGGGAAUAUUCAUCACGAUGAAUCCCGGUUAUGCCGGUCGCACGGAACUUCCGGAGUCUGUGAAAGCGCUAUUCAGGCCAGUGGUGUGCAUAGUACCCGACAACGAAUUGAUCUGCCAGAUAAAGCUCUUCAGCUCUGGCUUUUUGACCGCCAAAGUUCUGGCCAAGAAGAUGACGGUCUUGUACAAUCUAGCCCGGGAGCAACUGAGCAAACAGAAUCAUUAUGAUUUCGGUUUGAGAGCUCUUAAGUCGGUGCUAAACAUGGCAGGCCAGCUGAAGAGAACUUCCGGUGACCUCGAAGAGAAUGUAGUCCUGAUGAGAGCGUUGAGGGACAUGAACCUACCGAAAUUCGUUUACGACGAUGUUCCUUUGUUCUUGGGACUAAUCGCUGAUUUGUUCCCUGAUCUCUCGUGCCCGAGGGUCCACUACUCUGACUUCAAUGAGGCAGUUAACGUGGUCCUAGAAGAACAAGGAUAUUCUGUGUUAGAUCAUCAGAUCGACAAAGUGAUUCAGCUAUACGAAGUUAUGAUGACUAGACACUCAACGAUGGUAGUGGGACCAACUGGAGGUGGCAAGACCGUUGUGAUCCAGACUCUCUGCAGAGCUCACACUCGCCUGGGCAGGCAAACGAAAUUGUACAUCUUAAAUCCAAAGGCGUGCACAGUGAUCGAACUGUAUGGCGUGCUAGAUCCGGAGACUCGCGAUUGGACGGAUGGCCUGCUGAGCAGCAUCUUCCGGGAGGUGAACAAACCUCUAGAAAUGGACUCGAACGAAUUGAGGUACAUCCUCUUCGACGGUGACGUGGACGCCUUGUGGAUCGAGAACAUGAACUCCGUGAUGGACGACAACAAGCUGCUGACUCUGGCCAAUCAGGAGAGGAUCAGGAUGCUGAACCAUUGUAGUCUACUGUUUGAGGUAGGCGAUCUGCGGUACGCGUCGCCGGCGACGGUGUCCCGGGCAGGCAUGGUCUACGUGGAUCCGAAGAACCUCGGCUACCAGCCAUACAUGGACAAAUGGGCCCGCGACAAGAACCAAUCCGAUCAGGAGCAACUGGCCGGAAUGUGCGAGAAAUACGUGGACGGCGCGGUCCAGCUCAUUAUACACGGCAUGCUGGGUCUGCAGUCGGUCAAACCGCUUAGGAUGAUCAUACCGCAGACGGGGCUGAACAUGGUGACUCAACUGUGUUACGUAUUCGACGGUCUACUUUCGGUUUUAAAUGACGUGUCAGUUAAAUUCGAGGAAGACGAAGACGCGACAGUGGAACCGAAGACUACUAGACCUGAGAUUCUAGAAGCGAUGUACAUACAAGCUUGUUAUUGGUCGCUAGGAGCUACCCUGAUCGCCGAAGAUAAGCCCGAAUUCGAUGACUACAUGAAGAAGACAGCUGGUUUUAUGCUCGUGCAGGACACCCCUGAGAAACCAGCCACAGUGAGAUAUCUGCCGGUCACGUACAAAUUGUUGUACGAUUAUUAUCUGGACGUCGAACAGAGCAUCUGGUUACCAUGGAAAACCUUGGUCCCUAAUUACGUUCAUGACAGGCAAAAGAACUUCUCGGAGAUUCUGGUUCCCACCAUCGACACCCUGCGAACCACUUGGUUCAUCCGGACAAUGAAUAAUCUCGAUCGGCCGACGUUGCUCGUCGGAGAAACUGGCACCUCGAAGACCGCCAUUAUUCAGGAGAUCCUUCGUAACUUGAGCUCAGAGAAGUUCAACCAACUUUUGAUCAAUUUCUCGUCGAGAACGACCUCGAUGGACGUGCAGAAGAACAUAGAAGCUGUCGUCGAAAAGAGGACCAGGGAAACUUUUGGACCACCGCCUGGGAAGAAGCUGCUGAUCUUCAUCGACGACAUGAAUAUGCCAUUAGUAGAUACUUACGGCACUCAACAACCCAUCGCUCUACUCAAGUUUCUCUUCGAGAUGGGAGGAUUUUACGAUCGAGGGAAAGAUCUUAAUCUAAAAUAUAUGAAGGACCUCUGUUACCUAGCUGCAAUGGGGAAGCCUGGAGGAGGCAGAAACGAAGUGGAUCCGAGAUUCAUCUCCAUGUUCUCCGUUUACAACGUUACAGUUCCAUCGAGAGAGACCUUGAACUACAUCUACAAGAGCAUCUUGGAUGGACACCUGGCAAUAUUCGAAGAGGACGUGCAAAGUAUCUCUGAGACUCUAGUGCAAACUACACUGGAACUAUACGAGAUAAUCACGACAGAAAUGUUACCAACGCCGAGCAAAUUUCACUACAUAUUCAACAUGAGAGAUCUAUCCAAGAUCGUCGCUGGUCUCUUGCAGAGUCAUCCAGAUUAUUUGCCUACAACGAAGCAAAUCGUUAGACUCUGGAGGAACGAGUUCAGCAGAGUGUUCUGUGAUCGUCUGAUCAACGAAGACGACGCGGUCGCGGUUGCCACGCAUAUAAAGGAGAAGAUCGAAGAAAAGUGGGAGGAGGAACGCGAGAUAAUUGCGUAUGCUAUGAGGGAUCCCCUGCUUUUCGGAGACUUCCGGAACGCCAUUAACGAAGAGGAUCCGCGAUUCUAUGAGGAUCUACUGGACUACGAAGCUGUCUACAGUUUGUUCUUGGAAAUAUAUGAGGACUACAACGAAAGGAAUAUGACGAAAUUACACAUAGUGCUGUUCAAUGACGCGUUAGAGCACUUGACCAGGGUGCAUCGUACGCUCAGGAUGCACCGAGGCCACGCCUUAGUGAUCGGGAUUGGCGGGAGCGGCAAGAAAUCGGUGAUAAAAUUGGCAGCGUUUGCAGCGCACUUCAGGCUCUUCGAGAUCAGCCUCAGUCGCGGUUACAACGAAGCUUCGUUUCGGGAGGAUAUGAAGAGUCUUUACAAUAAAGUUGGGCUAGAUGAGAACAGAAUCGUUUUCCUCUUCACGUCCUCUCACAUUGUGGAUGAGAGCUUCUUGGAACUGGUGAACAACAUGCUGAUGACCGGAGUAGUGCCAUCCCUCUUCAGUGACGAGGAAAAGGACGAGAUUGUUAAUCGUUGCAGGGACAAGGCUAAAGAGGCUGGCUAUGGAGUCACUAGAGAAAGCGUUUGGUCGUACUUCGUGAAGACUAGUAUAACAAAUUUACGAAUCGCUCUGUCGAUGAGUCCGUCCGGGGAUUUGCUGAGAACGAGAUGUCGGAAUUACCCUGGCCUAGCAAACAGCACCACCAUAGACUGGAUGUUCCCCUGGCCGGAGGAAGCACUAGUGGCCGUGGCUAACGUUACCCUCAGAGAUAUCGUGAACGUGCCCCAAGAAUACAGAGAACGAUUGGUAGAGCAUAUGGUGUACGUGCAUAGAACGGUGUGCGAUUAUACGCUCGACUUUCAAACGAAGUUGCGCAGGCGGAAUUAUGUUACGCCGAAGCAUUAUCUGGAUUUCAUGAAUACGUACCUGAACCUUUUAGUGGAGACGAAGGAUUACAUAAAUUCGCAGUGCGAUCGAUUAGCUGGAGGUUUGCAGAAGAUCGCCGAGGCUUCGGUGACUCUAGCCGAGCUGAACGAGAUCCUAGCGGUGCAACGAGUGAAGGUAGCCGAUCAGACGAGAAAUUGCGAACAAUUGCUCACCUCUAUCGGUGAGAGCACGGAUAUUGCGAUGGAAAAGAAGCAGCUGAGCGAGGAAAAACGGAGGGAGAUCGAGGACCAACGGAAAAUUAUUAAUAAAGAACAGACGGAAGCGAGGCAGGUGUUGGCCGAGGCGCAACCUGCUCUCAACGCCGCUCGAAUGGCUCUCGCGGAGCUAGAGAAGGCGGAUAUUACCGAGAUCAGAUCCUUCGCGACUCCUCCGGAACCCGUGCAAAUAGUCUCGGAAUGCGUGGCCAUGCUGCGAGGCGUCAAAGACAUCUCCUGGAAGGGCGCUAAAGGUAUGAUGAGCGAUCCAGCGUUCUUGAGGAUUCUGCAGGAGAUGAACUGCGACAAGAUCACCCUGAAGACGCAGCAAGCGGUCAAGGCUCAUUUGAGGAAGAGUACAAAACUGGACCAGAUGCAGAAUAUCAGCAAGGCUGGUUUCGGUCUGUACAAGUUCGUGCUCGCUGUGUUGGACUACUGCGCCGUAUACAGAGAGGUGAAACCGAAGAUAGAUCGAGUAACGGAGCUCGAGGCGGAAUCGGAGCGCGCUCGGAAAGCUCUGGAGCGAGAGGAGCGCGAACUGAAGAGGAUCGAGAAAGCUAUAGGGGAGUUAAACGUGAAGUAUGAGAACGCUAUGGCGGAGAGGCAGAAGCUCCAAGAGGAGACAGACAUCCUUCAGAGGCGGCUGAUAGCCGCGGACAAGCUGAUCAAUGGUUUGUCUUCGGAGAACGAGCGCUGGAAAGCAGAACUGAAGGGACUGCAAGAGCAGAUCGAGAUGAUCGUUGGAAAUUGUGUACUGUCCGCUGGAUUCCUCGCCUACUGCGGUCCAUUCUCGUAUGAGUACCGCAACCAGAUGGUGUAUGUAGACUGGAAGGGUAGUGUAGAGGCCAAAGGGAUCCCAUUGAUAGAAAAUUUUAAGCUAGAGACGCAACUGAGCAGCGACGUUGAGAUAAGCACGUGGACCUCAGAAGGACUCCCGCCAGAUGAACUGUCCGUGCAGAACGGUAUUCUGACGAUGAAAGCAUCCAGAUUCCCGGUUUGCAUCGAUCCUCAGCAACAAGCUUUGAACUGGAUAAAGAAGAGGGAGCAGAAGAAGAAUCUGAAGAUCCUCUCGUUCACUGAUCCAGAUUUUCUCAAGCAAGUCGAGCUCGCGAUUAAGUACGGGCUUCCGGUUCUGUUCCAAGAUGUCGACGAGGUUGAUCCGGUUUUGGAUAACGUUCUGUCAAAGAACAUUCAAAACGUCAAUGGUCGUACGUUCGUCCUCUUCGGUGAUAAGGAAGUCGAUUACGAUCCGAAGUUCCGGAUGUAUCUGACCACGAAGAUAUCGAAUCCCAUGUUCGAUCCAGCACUUUACGCGAAAGCGACUGUGAUUAAUUAUAUGGUGACGCUCGGGGGUCUAGAAGAUCAACUCCUAUCGGUGGUGGUGAGAACGGAGAGGCCAGAUGUGGAAGAGCAACGGGAGAAGCUAAUUAUCGAGACCAGCGAGAAUAAGAAUCUCUUGAAACAACUAGAGGACAGUCUGCUGCUCGAGAUCGCCAGUAAUCAAGGUAACAUGUUGGACAAUUUCGAUCUGGUCGAGACUCUGGAGAACACGAAGUCGAGCGCGGACGAGGUGAUGAGGAAGUUGUAUCUCGGAGAAGUUACUAGUGCGGAUGUGAACAAGUUACGCGAUGGCUACCGGCCAGUGGCGAAGAGAGGAGCGAUCCUGUUCUUCGUGUUAGCUGAUAUGGCGAUGGUGAACUCGAUGUACCAGUAUUCCUUGAUCAGCUACGUCGAGGUUUUUGGCUUCUCUUUGAGGAAAGCUUUGCCAGACCCGACUCUUCUAAAGCGUUUAAAGAAUAUUAUCGUCAUGUUAACCAAGAACGUUUACGAUUACGGUUGCACGGGAAUCUUCGAGAGGCACAAGCUCCUCUUCUCGUUCCAAAUCUGCACCAGGCUAGAGCUAAGCCUAGGACACGUUUCGCAGAAGGAACUAGACUUCUUCAUCAAAGGCAGCGUUGCUUUGGAGAAAGCGACUAAAAUAAACCCCGCAGACUGGUUGCCAACCACAGGCUGGGUGGAUAUGUUGAAGCUGAGCAAAGACUUUCCAGAAACGUUCAGACUACUUCCAGAACAACUACAACAGGAUGACGAAGAAUGGCAGAAUUGGUACGAUUUAGACGCUCCAGAAUCAGUGAAUUUCCCUCUGGAUUACUCCAGCAAACUGAAACCCUUCGAGAAACUAAUGUUGAUCCGGUGUUUCCGCGUCGACCGAGUCUAUCGCGGUAUCAUCAACUACAUCAGCGAGAUCAUGGGCGAGCAGUAUGUCACCCCGCCGCACGUCAGCUUCGAUAUGAUCCUGGAGCAAAGCACACCGACGAUGCCUGUGGUUUUCAUUCUCAGCCCUGGAUCCGACCCAACCUCGGAACUAAUGAAACUGGCGGACGGAUAUGGAUGCGGAGGUGGAAAGUUCAAGUACCUGUCUUUGGGUCAAGGUCAAGAGGCUACUGCGAUAGAGUUACUAGAGGUAGCAGUGACCAGAGGACAAUGGCUGAUGUUGCAGAACUGCCACUUGCUCUUGAGUUUCACUAGAGAAUUGGAGAAACUUCUAGAAAACAUUGGGAAGCCUCAUCCAGAUUUUCGUCUCUGGCUCACAACUGACCCGACCCCUAACUUUCCGAUUGGAAUUUUGCAACAAUGUCUUAAAGUGGUCACGGAGCCGCCGAGUGGUUUGAAGCUGAAUCUCGAGAACACGUACUUCAAGAUGAAUUCUGAAACACUGGAAUCUUGCGAACACCCUGUAUACAAGCACUUGAUUUACGUGUUAGCUUUUUACCACGCGGUCGUGCAAGAAAGGAGAAGAUACGACAAAAUCGGGUGGAAUAUAAACUACGACUUCAAUGAAUCGGACUUCAACGUUUGCACAACUAUUCUCGACACUUAUCUGACCAAAGCGCUUCAAGUUGGCGACGACAGGAUCCCUUGGAACAGUUUGAAGUAUCUUAUAGGCGAAGUGAUGUACGGCGGACGAGUGAUCGACAGCUAUGAUCGCCGGGUGUCCCAGACGUACAUGGACGAAUAUUUCGGUGACUUUUUGUUCGACACGUUCCAACCGUUCCAUUUCUAUCACAACGAGCACGUUGAUUACGUGAUACCGUCGGAAGGGGACCGUGACGAUUACCUGAAGUUCAUCGAGGAACUGCCGCUGGUGAACACACCGGAGGUCUUUGGACUCCAUCCAAACGCCGAGAUUGGGCACUUCACCCAGGCGGUGAAGGAAAUGUGGAGCAAUCUUAUAGAACUGCAGCCGCAAACUGAAGUGAGCAGCACAGGGGUGAGCAAAGAUGAAUUCAUCGACAACAUCGCGAAAGAGGUACUGGAAAAAGUACCGGCCGAGUAUGAUAUUCACAAAGUGAAGAAAACUUACGGAGUAGCUGUAACGCCGAUCGCGAUCGUUCUCUUCCAAGAGCUCGAGAGGUUCAACGAACUAAUUCGAACGAUGAAGAGGACUCUCAGGCAAUUGAGAAAGGCCAUCGCUGGUGAGAUCGGAAUGGACGCCACGCUCGAGAAUAUUUCCACAGCUUUGUACAACGGCGUAUUGCCCACGGAGUGGGCUAGAUUAGCGCCGGAAACGAGGAAGAACCUCGCUGGGUGGAUAGAGCACUUCGAGAAGAGGAUACAACAAUACACUAGCUGGGCCGGGGGAAACGAGCCGAUAGUUCUCUGGUUGAGUGGCUUGCACAUACCGGAAACUUAUUUAGCAGCCCUUGUGCAGAUGGCUUGUCGCAGGAACAGUUGGUCUCUGGAUCGUUCGCUCACCUACACCGCUGUAUCCAGGUAUAUCAGGCCGGAACAAGUGGAGGAGAGACCGGAUCAGGGUUGCUACGUGAGCGGACUACAUAUCGAAGGUGCUAGAUGGGACACAGUGGAGCAGUGUCUGCAAAGAUCGCGGCCGAAGAUCCUCGUCGAGGAACUGCCAAUUUUAAUUAUCAUUCCUAUCGAAUCUCAUAGAUUGCGACUUCAGAAUACUUUCAAAACUCCUGUCUAUACAACGUCGAACCGACGCAACGCUAUGGGGGUGGGUUUAGUAUUCGAAGCGAACCUUGCGACGAGCGAUGACAUUUCCCACUGGGUGUUGCAAGGAGUUUGUUUAAUAUUAAACACAGAUUGA